UUUUUCAAUGUGAUUUUGUUUUUCGAGGACUGAGGUUGUGGUUAUGACAUUGUGUUUGUGUGUGAAUGACUUGUCUUGCCUGUAUUAAAAUUAAUAUUUAAAAUCUUGGCAGUUGUUUAAAGAGGAUUGAUUCUCUAUAAGUUUUAGCCGAUAAAUACUAAUACAUAUUUCAACAUGGUAAAAAGGAAGAACCAAGUUUUGAUUGAUUCAGACAGUAGUGACAGUGAAGGGAGCGGAAGCGAUUUAGAAACGGAACUUCUGUCUUUAGCAAAGAAGAAAAAAGUGAAGAAUAGUGAUGAUGCUGAAUCUCCAGUAGAAACUACAACCCCAAAAGCGACAGCAGCUUAUUCUGAUUCUGACACUUCUUCGGGCUCAGAUGAUGAUUGGGAUGCUAAGGGAAGCAAGAAUUCAAGCAAAAAGAAAAAGAAAACAAAGACUGCUCCUAAAAGGACAGUUUCAAAGUCAUCGUCUGAUGAAGAAUCAGGUGAUGAAGAACCCGAAAAGAUGAACAAGAGUUCCGAGCCGGAAGAAGGUGAAGUUUCUGACUCUGAAGGAAGUGACUCCGAUUCGUCAGAUAUGAGUCAAGAGGAGUUCAACGAUGGAUAUGAUGAAAAUUUAAUGGGUGAUGAAGAAGAUCAACAAAGGUUAGCCCAGAUGACAGAGAAAGAACGAGAACAAGAAAUAUUCAAACGUAUAGAACAGCGUGAAGUUAUGAAAACAAGGUUUGAAAUCGAGAAAAAGCUACGGUUAGCUAAGAAACAAGAGAUGAAGAAGAAGAAGGGUGGUCAUACAGUAAAGAAAAGGGAGGAAAUCAUGGACCAUAAAGAAAGAAGCAAGGAGAGAAAAAAGACUGUUGAAGAAAAUAGAGGAAAAGUUGAUAAAAAAUUUGUUGCUAUGAAUUUGUUGAAGGCUCGGCGAGAAGAAAGAAGAGAGCGAGAGGAGAAAGAGAAGCAACAGAAGAUCGAGUUGGAGAAGAAAAAAGAGGACGAAGAGAAAGUAGAGGUAGAGGGUGAAGAGGAAGAUGGGGAGGAUGCGUCCGGGAGCAAGACCAAACUAAAGGCAUCGGAUAUCUACAGCGAUGAUAGUGGCAGUGGUUCGGACAGUGAAGCGAGAGAGCGUCCCAAUAAGGCGAGAGCGAGGAGUAGUUCAAGCUCUGCACACAGCUCCUCGGAUUCUGAGUCGGGCUCUGACAAUAGGUCUAUUGCAAGUUCCAAAGUGAAGGUGAAAAAAAGUGCAAUUUUAUAUCAUCAAAAGAGGAGCUAAACAGAAUUAGGCUGUCAAAGGCAUAAGAUGGAAAG